AUGCCUCUUCGGACUAAAGGGUGGUCAAUGUUCCCGGAACACCAUCGCGCAGUAGCGGACCUCUUGAAGAAAGAGAAACUCCAUUUCACUUUUCAACAUGCCGACGAGGAAACCGGCCAUAUCAAAGAUCGCGAUACCAAUGUCAUGGGCCGCUUCGACUGCCCCAAUACAAAAUGCACCCAGAAAGGAUGGUCCAGCAAGAAAAUCGCCGUCUGGGUUCGACUGUACCCUGGUUCGAGGUACAACGCUAGGGUUUAUAAUCAGCGUUGCAAGUCCUGCAACUCUCUGGGUCGGCCAACUCUAGACGACUCUUACGCGGAACGAAUUGCAUACCGUCUGAAGAGGUGGUCUGACAUUAAGCUUGAGCCGCCUCCCUACUCUGGUGGGAACGGAAAACCGCACGAAAGGGAUCUGUGUGAGGGGUGCAAAAACGGUCAUUGUGCAGACGGAGAGCUGGAGGAGAGGAUGGAAUCGUUUCACUUUUAG